CAGCCCGGCAGCUUAGCGUGCGGCUUAGCGGCGAUCCCAUGGCACCUGAGGGAAGUGACAUGACUCCAAGCGGCCUACAGCAGCUCUUGGACAAACCUGCCCGGGAAUUUCCGGAGAAGGUCGCGAUCAGAUCUCCAGAUGGUUUCAGCUGCACCUUCUCCGAGCUCCGCGCCUCGAUCUCCUCCGUGGCCUCCGCCCUGCUGCGCUCGGCCGUGCAGCGCGGCGAGCGCGUGGUCUGGCUGCUGCCCAACGGCCUCGAAGCGCUGCAGCUGAGCUGCGCAUGUUACCAGGUGGCAGCCAUCUCUGUCCCCAUCAACUUGCGCUACAGCGCACCAGAGGUGGCCUACAUGGUCGGUAAGGUCCAGGCGAAGAUGCUGUUCCUGCACAGCAGCAAGCUACAGCAGCUCCCCGGUGCCUCCCAGCUGGCACCGGAGGUGGUCGCCACCCCGGGCCCUGCCUGGGACGCCUUCCGCAGCCGCGCAGAUCCGGCGCUGCCGGCGCUGCGGCCGGCGCCAGCGGAGCAGCCAGCGCUGAUUCUCUUCACGUCGGGGUCCACGGGACGUCCCAAGGGGGUGCUGCAUUCCCAUGGAGGCUGUUGGGCUGCCAUCCAGACCGCGGCAGAGACCUUUGCCCUCCGGAGCGAUGAUGUGGUCUUAGUGGGCAAGCCCAUUAGCCAUGCAGGCCCGGUGCAAGUUGAGCCACUGGAGUUGUGGUAA